UUAUUACCAAAAGGAGUGACGGGGCAUUAAAUUUGAAGGGGUGUAGCGUCGCGGGCGUACCUUUCUCACCAUUGUCCGUUUCAGAGCCGUUCGUUUCUCUGCAAGUUUCAGGAGUUUAAUUUCAUCUGUAGAAGGAAAUGGCGGCCAGUAUAGGGAUGAUGGACGCUGCCUAUUUCGUGGGUAGGGGUGAGAUUUUGUCUUGGAUCAACGCCACUCUUCAUCUCAAUCUCUCCAAGGUUGAGGAGGCGGCAUCUGGUGCUGUUCAGUGUCAGAUGAUGGACAUGAUUCAUCCAGGAGUCGUUCCAAUGCACAAGGUUAAUUUUGAUGCAAAAACGGAGUAUGACAUGAUCCAAAAUUACAAAAUCCUUCAAGAAGUAUUCAACAAGUUAAAAAUCGAGAAGCAUAUCGAGGUCAACAAACUUGUUAAAGGACGGCCUUUGGACAACUUGGAGUUUUUACAAUGGCUGAAACGAUAUUGUGAUUCCAUGAAUGGUGGCAUAAUGAAUGAGAAUUAUAACCCUGUGGAGCGAAGAUGCAAAGGUGGUAAAGAAAGGAACAUAAAGGGUUCUUACAAGUCUUCAAAAUCAUUGCAAGCAAAUAACUUAUCUAAUGUCUCUGACAAUGGGAUUUGCAUUGACGAGAGUUCUGGACCCAAAGGAAGGCAUAAAAGUGAGAUGUCAGGUGGAGCUAAUUCUGUUGGUGAGAUUCAAGGAUUGCGCCAGGAGAUUGCGGACCUCAAGCUCUCAGUAGAUGAUCUGGAGAAAGAACGAGAUUUCUAUUUUGGAAAAUUACGUGACAUCGAAAUCCUUUGUCAAACUCCUGAGGUGGAGGAUCUUCCGAUGUCCAUGGCAAUAAAGAAGAUCCUGUACGCCGUGGAUGCCAAAGUAUCAGCUCUUGGUGAAGCUCAGGAAAUCAUAACCAAAUCUGGUGAUGAUGCUGAUGCUGAUGCCUUGGAUGUGCAUGACUGAUGACUGAUGACUUAUGACCAAUGACUGAACCGGACAAAUGGUGCCUCAUCACCGUGAAGAGGCAGGCAGUUUGAGAUGUAGCAGCCAUGAGUUAACGCAGUGACUUUAGUAUUAAUACGCUAGAACCUUUUUCUGUAAUGUAAAGUUUAUGAGGAUGGGUUGACGUUGCUGUGAAAACUAGGUUGUGUUUGAUUGGAUCUAAUAUUUGGCUGCUUAACAAGAGCCAGCAGUUCUCCUUGGCUACCCUAUCCUCCCUCC